AUCUGAGGUCUUUCAAAAUGUGCCCCACCAAAAUUUUUCUGAUCUUUGCCCUCGUUUCCAUGGUCAAUCUCGUUCAUUUUGCGACUGCAAAACCACCACUUCUAUCCGAUGUUGGUCUUGAUAAAACACAAGAGGAGACAUUCGAAGACGAAGCCCCCUCGGCGCCACUUGCAGGCCAUCUUAAUGAAACGCCGUUGGAACUAGUCGGCAGUGGAAAUCCGUUCGUGACACAAGAACUAAGCAAAUGUGCCAAACUGGGCGAAUACUGCGGCAAUGGUAAAAAAUGCUGUCGCCAUCUCGAAUGCUUUGCAUAUUAUCGAUCCCGCGCAACGUGUCGUCGAAAGCCCCGCCGAGAGCGAUGAAAUGGGUUUUUUUUUUCAUGUUAAUUUUUAGGCACUUCUUAUUUGUUUGAAUCCAUUGUUACAGUCGGGAAAUACGUGUCUAUCCAUUGAAACGUUUCGAAAUCUUGGAUUAAGUUUCGUUUCUUUACUUCUUGGUUUAAAGGAAAACUGUCGAAAAUUUGUCCUUGAAUUGGAUCGCGUUUAGCAGAGAGGAACCCAGCAGCAUUAGCUAUGACAUUUAACUCGGCAAUUCAAUUUUUGACAUGAAAACAGUUGUGCGGAUUUUUGUGCAAAUUUCGGUGAAUUUUCUGCAUGGUACACGGUAAUUUCCUUAGAAUUUUCAAAGGAAUCCGGACAAGCGUUCUCUUGUAAAAAGUUAAAUUGCCGGGCUAAGUUUGGCAUUAGGUAGCUGAUGUGGCUUGGUCCCUUUCUGCUAAACGCGGUCGAAUUUUUCAAUGAAUGUAUUGUUUGUUUAACGAAUGGAGAAAAUUUACAGAAAAUGCUCUGCAAAGAAGAGAAAUAAAGAGAGAGAAAGAAAAGAGAAGAAGAGAAAAUAACGCAUGAGCGAGGGUUUGCGACGUCUAAAUCACGACACGUAUUUUCGACUUAAACCAUCGAUGUUUUGGAGGUGUGACUUUCAAUCUCACCAAUAAAAUAAUGUUCCGAGUAUUCUUCA